UCCUGCUCAUUUCUUUCAUUCUCUGUAUUGGCAUAAGACCCAUCUUUCUAAAUAUUUAAUCUCUUUAACCAUGUAAUUUCCUUCCAAAGAAUCACCCUCCUUAGCCUCUUCAAGAAGCAUCCCAGUCUUAUGCCUGUUGCUCCUAGAUAGAGCUGGUUCCUGGUUCCAGUCUUGCAAGAUACUGUUUUCAAGGAGACAACAUUCCUUCCACUCCUGGGUUUCACCUGGUUCGAAAUGCCGUCUCCCAACCUCUCUGCCAAUGUAGCCUAACGGUUAGGAGUAGAGUUUUGGAGUCUCACUUCAAGGGCAGAUCCCAACUCCUCUGCUGAUAUGACAUCUGAUGCAUUAAGCAAUUUGUAACUAACAUUAUAUCUUGUCCUGGGAACUUUCCCCUUUUCUAAAGGUGAAUUAAUUACUUGAAUUAGUUAACCCCAAGAGAAAACUGUGCAACAGGCAGGCAACUGGGGGUGGGGAUGGGAAUGGGGGUGGGAAGGAGUUUGGGGUAAGAGACUCCAGAUGGAGACAGAAUUGAAAGGAAAAUGGUUUUUAAUAACCUUCUAUCGCCUUACAUCCAAGACCUCCUAAGAUGUAGGCAAUAAUGUAAGAAAUAGGGGAGCCUGUCACUGUUUACCCUCAUCUCCUCUGUCUCAUCUUUCCCUGGCAGCAGGGCCUAGACAGCAAAUAAUGGAGUUGGUGGAGACAAAAGUGGGGCGCCAAACACGUUUUGCAAGGAAUGUGACCACAGCUAACUACAGGAAUUGAGAAAGUGGACCCAAAGAUACCAACUCCCAGCCCGCCCGCUGCCUCAACUCCAACCUAAGAGAAACCGCGACUGGAGCGGACCCAAUUCUCCCAAUCCUGCAGAUGGGGGUGGAAGGAAAACGGCUCUGCUCCGCCCUCCGAGCUGGGCGGUGACCUGUAGGCGGCAGCGCUCCCCGCUUUCCCCGGCUCUCAUUUAGGGCGCAGCACUGGAAACGCGGAUCGCCGUGAGCGCUCUGAGAUUAGAAGCCCGGCGGCGACAUGAGCUCGAGGCCGGUGUUCCUGAGCGCGGCCGAUGUGCAGGACCACCUCCGCAGCUCCAGCCUGCUCAUCGCGCCUCUGGAGACCGCUCUGGCCAACUUCUCCAGCGGCCCCGACGGAGGGGUCGUGCAGCCCGUGCGCACCGUGGUGCCAGUCGCCAAGCACAGCGGUUUCCUGGGGGUCAUGCCCGCCUACAGUGCCGCAGAGGACGCCCUGACCACCAAGCUGGUCACCUUCUAUGAGGGUCACAGCAACACCUCCGCCGUCCCCUCCCAUCAGGCUACAGUGCUACUCUUCCAGCCGAACAAUGGCUCCCUUCUGGCGGUCAUGGAUGGAAAUGUCAUAACUGCAAAGAGAACAGCGGCAGUGUCUGCCAUUGCCACCAAGUUCUUGAAACCUCCCAACAGUGAAGUGUUGUGUAUCCUUGGAGCUGGGGUCCAGGCUUACAGCCAUUAUGAGAUCUUCACAGAACAGUUCUUCUUUAAGGAGGUGAGAAUAUGGAACCGCACCAAAGAAAAUGCAGAGAAGUUUGUGAACUCAGUGCCAGGAGAGGUGCGGGUCUGUUCAUCGGUCCAGGAGGCUGUGACAGGGGCAGAUGUGAUCAUCACAGUCACCAUGGCAACAGAACCCAUUUUGUUUGGUGAAUGGGUCAAGCCUGGGGCUCACAUCAAUGCCAUCGGCGCCAGCAGACCUGACUGGAGAGAGCUGGAUGACGAGCUCAUGAAACAGGCUGUGCUGUAUGUGGAUUCCCAGGAGGCCGCCCUGAAAGAGUCUGGAGAUGUCCUCUUGUCAGGGGCUGAGAUCUUCGCUGAGCUGGGAGAAGUGGUGAAGGGAGUGAAACCAGCCCACUGUGAGAAGACUACCGUGUUCAAGUCUCUGGGAAUGGCGGUGGAAGACAUGGUUGCAGCCAAGUUAGUAUAUGAUUCCUGGUCAUCUGGUAAAUAAAACAAAGGAACUUUGUGUUAAGUGGAUGCUACAGCUCAAAGGGUGUUAACACUAGUUGUCUCACAAUCUUUUCAUAAUCUCUAGUUUAAAAGAAAGGUUCUAGCCCAGUGAUCUGUAGUUUUAUGCGUACUGUGUCUUACCUUAAACAGUGAGAUCCUCUUUUGUGUUUGUAGUUUGAAAACAAAACUAAGUGGCCGUUCUGUGUCAUGCCAGAUUAUACUAGCACUCCCUUUGCCCUGUAUUUCACUGCCUUUUGUAAUUCCCUGAAAUAAAGCUUUUUCCAAUUCUGCAGUUCUUGUUUUGGUAACUUCCAUCCUUCACAGCAAGGGAAGUGAGGGGAUCAAGUGUUCGUGUUCACUUCCUGAAGGCUCGCCAAUGGCUGUAGUUAAUUUUUUUCUAUUUUAUUAAUUGAGAUACAAUUUACAUACCAUAAAAUCCACAUUUUGAAGUGGUGGAUAUAAUUCAGUGUUAUCAGUAUAUUCACAGGGUCAUGCAACCAUCACCACUAAUUUCAGAACAUUUUCAUCACUUCAAAAAGAAACCCAGUACCCAUUAGCAGUCGCUUCCCAUUUGUCUCAGCUUCUGGCAAUCUACUAAUCUACUUUCUGCUUUUGUGGAUUUGCCUUUUCUGAACUUUUAUAUACAUGGAAUCAUAUAUCAUGUAGUCUUUUGCUUCUGGCUUCUUCUUCUUGAGAUUUCAAGCAACACAGAGCUUUCUCUAUUGCUCAGAACUCCUUUGGUCACAAUCGAUAGAGAACACAACUCAAGUUACCUUAAAUUGAAUGAAUGAGUGAGGGAUAGAAUUUAUCGGCUCUUGUAAUUAAGAAGUAUACAGGUAACUGAUUUCAGCUAUAGCUGUAUCCAGGGGUUCCAGUUGUUAUCAGGAUCAGGACCCAGUCUUGCUCCUCCUUUCCUUGCCUCUGUUUUCUUGUGUUGGCUCCAUUAUCAAGCAAGCUCUCCCCUGAUAGUGGCAGGAUAGGUACCAACAGCUCUUGAAGCAUAGCCUGUCCUCUUCAG